GCGUUUUCGUCGUGGCCCCGCCCAUUCCUUGUUGUUUCCUUCGUGUCUCCGGCGGUUCGUUUUUUCGUCCUGCCAUGUCAUUCUUCCCUUCUUGGUUGUCUUGCUCGACGAAUGCACCCUAUUGGCGAAUGCACGCAAUCCGCAUCCCUACAUUCUUCUCUGCUCUCCAGCGCCAGCGAGAGCAGAGACCAGCGUGUGGGUUUGGGCGCGGCGAGGUUUACCUCGAGGUUGACAAAUCGAAAAGUUACCCGCGCAGGGAAAAGACACAGCUUCUUUCUUCAAGAGCGGGGUUGGCGUGUUGAAGGCGCGCGCGAUCAUCUCUCCCCCAGCUGCAGCUGGGAGUUGAUUACGCCAGAAUUCAUUACCCCAGAACUGUGGGAAGGCUUUCGGUAUAAAAAAGGAAAGUUAGCCAUGGCUCUUCCAUCCAGUAACAACGGGGACGCAGAUGAUGAACUGGCAAAGGAGAUUGAUCGGAUCAAGACGGCGGAGGAAGUGGAAGAGCGAACAGCUGAAGCUGCCGCCACUUUUGGGUAUCGAUAUGACUCGCCAGAAGACAGGGAAGAGAUUUCUAUGCAGAGGAGGGCAGCUUGGGAUUGGGUGAAGACCGUGGGUAUGAAAAUAUUGGAGGGGUCGAACCUGACACAGAUCUCACUGCCUGUUCGGUUAUUCGAGCCGCGCUCAUUCCUCGAACGACUUACAGAUAACUGGUCUUAUAUUGAUUAUCUCAGUAAGGCGGCUGUCUGCACCGACCCUGUGCUCCGUUUCAAGUACGUCAUCGCGUUUGCCGUUUCUGGCUUGUCAAAGCAAACGACCGCAGGCAAGCCUUUCAACCCGAUACUGGGUGAGACUUACCAGGCGGCAGCCGAACACCGGUCACGCCAGCGGGAACGACUGUUCACGCGGGAGACCGUGAUCGGCGAUGAGGCAGCACAUUGGGUGGAAGUGACAUCUGCAGACGGGGCCCCGGAGACUGAGAAAGGGUUGUCAGCCCUUGCGCAGGUCUCCCACGACCUCGUGGCCAUCUGCGCUCUGCAGCAGGAGGAAAUCCUUCACCUGCAGCAGACMGUGGACCAGAUGCUCGCACGGCUGCAGGCAUUGGAGAAACAGCCAGCUGCUGUAGCAGCCGCAGGGCCUUCCACCCUUACCACCCGUGUGCAAGUUUUGGAGGAUGACGUCAGCAACAUCAAACGUGUGCAUCAGGACUUCGGGACGUCGCAGCAAGCAACUAACUUGCAGUUGGAGACACAGGUACAGGCUGCUGCCACAGUGACGCCCGCCGCCGCAUCCUCCCGGCGCCCACCCAAACUGGAUGACAUUCCAGUUUUCUGCGAUCAGUCCAAGACGGAACCGAUCCCGUGGUGGAGCCAGUUUACUCUCAGGCUCGACAUGCACCAUGUCCCGAACAACGAUCGACAUCCGUGCUUGUACCACCGAUCUGGUGGUGCAUGUCAAGCAUGGCUGGACAACAUCUUGACCAGCCACGGCGUAGCAGUGUCGGAACUGCACACCAAGCUCACUUGGCAAGAGUUGACUGACGCCUGGCGCAAGCGAUUCCAAGUGGAGCCGCCCAACCUGCAAGCGAUGGACAAGCUCAACAAGCUCCAUCAGAGCACGCUGCUCAGUCAGGACUCGAUUACCGAGUUACAAAGACUCGCCUCCACACCUGACCUGCCGCUUGCUUUUCGCGCCAUUAAGCACUUGUUUAUCAUGCGCUCGUGUCCAGCUCUGCAAAACGCGCUGACGCAGAUUGCAGAGACACUCGACACAUCUGACAAGCUUUUCAGCACCGCGUCACGGAUCAUUCUCACGAAUAUCGAAGCCCGCAACGCCGGCCGAUCUUCCGCGACGACGAGCGGCACCCAGCCCAAGCCAAAGGUGGCUUGCAUUACUUCUACCGAGGCUGCAACACCAAACGAGGGUGAAGUGUUGGCAGCUGCCUGGGAGGGUGGCCGACCGCGCAACAAUCACGGCCGCGACAAAACGAAGACUGAGUCCACCUCUACACCGAGCACCGGAUCAGCCGCCGAUGAACCUUGGGCACAAUACGGACUCUCGGCGAAUUCUUAUUGCACGAGACUCAAGUACCACGAAGUCGCGGUGGGGGACAUGCUUGGCUACGUUGCCAAGGUGGCCCGCGAGUUUGUCUCGCAACGCAAGAAAGUACCUCCCGUGCAUUCGAUCGACGACGCACGGAAGAAGGAGCUUCUUGCCUUCGUCCACGCCCUUAAGCGUUGGCGACAUUUCCUCCUUGGUCGGGAAGCAUUCCGAUGGGUAACGGAUAACAAUCCGUUGGUAUUCUACAAGUCGCAAGACACGAUUAAGAGUACCAUUACCCGUUGGAUGGCUUUCAUCGACCAGUUUGACUUUUUCCCCGAUCACAUUCCCGGGAAGUCAAACCAUUUUGCGGACGCCCUCUCACGGCGACCGGAUCUUUGCACCGCAGUCUACUCUACCUUCGAGAUCGACGACGACUUGCGGGAGAGCUUCAUCCGCGGCUAUCAAGCCGACCCCCACUUUCGCGACAAGUACGCGAAUUGCUCCUCUCCGAAUCCAGUGCCUUCGCAUUAUCGGAUCCAAGAGGGCUACUUACUUGUGCAUUCACGGGGUAAGGAUCUUCUUUGUGUGCCGAAUGAUUUACACUUGCGCACACGGCUUCUUGGCGAGUUUCACAAUGUGCCCGCCUCCGGACAUUUUGGUGUCAUCCGUACACUUGGCCGACUUCGCCAGCGGUUCUAUUGGCCCGACCUUCUCAAGGACGCCACCCGCUAUUGUGAGUCGUUCGAAGUCUGUCGGCGUUGCAAGGCACGCAACCAUCGUCCGUUCGGCGAGCUACACCCAUUACCAGUGCCCUUUGGGCGACAGGAAGCAAUUGCUAUGGAUAUCACCGGCCCCUUCCCGAAGCACAAGACCGGCGUUGAUGGGAUCCUCACGGUCGUCGACCGCCUCACCAAGUACGCCAUGUUUUUGUCUUGCCGCUAUCACGCAAAGGCACCAGAGUUAGCCGAGGUCUUAUACACCGGUUGGAUUCGCUCCAAGGGCUACCCCAAGGAGAUCGUUUGCGACCGGGACACUCGAUUUCUCUCCGACUUUUGGGUCGCCCUCGUCAAGCGAUGGGGCUCAUCUUUGAAGCCGAGUUCGGCUCGCCACCCGCAAACCGAUGGUCAAACGGAAAGGGCGCAUCAGACCGCUCAAGUCCUUCUCCGCACUCUCAUCCGUCCCGACCAGUUUGAUUGGGUCGAGCGCUUGCCAGACGUUGAGUUGGCUUACAACUCAUCGAUCCACCCAGCUAUCGGGAUGUUGCCGUUCGAGUUUGAGCAUGGUUCACCCAUCUCAUCGCCGCUGGACGCUACUUUGUCGCGCACAGCCGAGAGCGACGACCAUCUUGCGUUCCUUCGUCGCAUGCAAGAGCUUCUAGUCAAGGCACGGGAUCAGAUGUCGAAGACGCAAAUACGGAUGAGCCGUCAAGCCAACCGCAAUCGCCUUCCUUGCCCGUUCCGUGCCGGCGAUCUGGUUUGGGUCUCCGCAGCGGAGUUCAGCCUUGAGCAAGACAUCUCUCGCAAGCUCCUUCCCAAGUGGAUGUGGCCUUGGCGCAUUCUCUCUGCAGCUGGUGAUGAUCCCGAGGGGCCCUCAUUACGCAUCGCGGUGCUCGACAACGAGGGUCUUUAUGCCUUCACAGGGGAGGGGUCGUGGAGCGCGGCUGCCAGAGGCAACAGUGUCAGGGGGCAACAAGGGGGGUGGAACAGGGUGAGGUUUGCCUCCGACGCGGCGGAGGUAGCGUGGGAGCUGCCUGGGAUUCUCCUCAGGGGAAUCCUCUGGGGCGAACGUGUGCUAUUGUACACUGGCGUCAUGAGAUUUGUGGACGAGAAAAACAAUCUGAGUUGCUCGUUGAGUUUUGAUCCGGAUAUGGAGAAAUGCAGUUUCUUCACAAAGAUGUUCAAGCAAAGGCGACUCCCCGAUCUUCUUCGAGGGGACAUUAUCAGGAGGUCACCGUUGAACGGAGGAACGCAAAGCGCGGAAGUGACAAAGCUUGGAACAAUUGAGGGUGUAUGGUUGACACACCUUGACUGUGAUGGCAAAAGAUUAUGGGACAUCAAAACAGCAGUGGCAGUGAAACCUGAACCUGUGGACAAUCCCCUGCCAAGCGACUGCAGAUUUCGGCAAGAUCUCAUUGCACUGAAGGCCAAGGAUUAUGAUGCAGCACAGACGUGGAAGGAGAAGCUGGAGAAUAUUCAAAGAGCAGACAGGGCAUUGAGGAGGGAGGGACUGAAGGAGAGGCAGAGCAGAAAACCUGCAGAGGCGUCUACAGCUGUGGUCGGGGCUGUGGGCUCUGUGCUUCAGUGUGCUCGCCCUGUGGUGGAGCGUUCUCUGUUGUGCGCGCAGGCGACGGGAGGCUGAACUUGGUGCGUCCAGCCUCCUAGAGGACAUCCUCUCCUCGCGCCAUCCUCGACACCCCUCACAACCUUUAAGGGGGGGGGGGGGAGGGAACGGUGACAAACCGUAAGUUGAUUUUCAGAACGAGAAUGGGGGACGGAGAAUGAGAUAAAAAAUGUGAUUACAUCGAUCACGUUCGCAAGGGAAGGAGGUGGGUUUUGAACUCGUGAUGUAUAGAAGGGAUGUUCAUCGUCCACAGCGAAAGGGUUAUGCUUGUCGUCGAGCUCACCUCUCAAGGCUCCUCUUGUGUUUGUUUAUCCUGCAAGCGGACACCAGCGAGGGUGGGCGGGAAGGGGCGGAAGGGGGGAAGGGGGAGGGGGGGGUAGGGACAAGGUGCUCGCACGGCCGGACUGGCCCGGUUGUGUCCCUGCAGUCUGGCAGUCCUCGUCCGUCAAAGGUUGCCUGCGUCGUCAGCUAAUAAGGGCAUGAAUGCUCCACACCAUCAUGGAUGUACCUGACCAAAUGGACACAUUCUGCAACAUCGUGCUGGUGUGAGCACAUCCUGAGUAGGGUCAAUGAUGAAGUCAACAACUAUUCUGUCAGCUUCUGGGAAGCCGGUCCAGUGAGCGAAGGUGCCAGUGGAACCUGGGUCUUUGUUUUGUGAAGUCGGAUCCGAUCCAGUGGGCGAGGUAUGUGCAGGUAGGAAUAGAAAGAGCCUCGCUCUACAACUCGCCAAAUGUGCCAAAUGAGAAUGAAUCUUCCGCUAGAACAUGAGGGAAAGAGAUAUGUCGUCAUUUUUUUUUGUCUUUUGCGCAUGUGGUGAGCAGUGGAGUGAGGCCCAAAAUGAGGAGUGGCAGGUUGGCACGUGUAUGUGCUGUGCUUCAGGUGAUUACGUGCUCCCUUCCAGUUCCCGACCUAUCAUCCACUGUUACGACUCUCUGCAGCUCUCUAGGUCUUUAGCUAAUCUUGCCUCUCUACUCUACUGCGCCUCAGAGUGCAAAGGGUUAUAGAAUUUAUGGUGUAAUGCGUUACGCCAUUUAUACGACUAGGGAGAGGUAGUGACCUAGUUGUGGUGUGCGACGGCUGGAAAAGGGGACCGUGAUUGCAUUUGUCGGUUAUGAUGAAUGCCUUUGACAUGACCACAUGCCGUGCGAUCCCAUGCUCAAAUCGGUGGCAAUUCGGCAAUUUGCCAUAUUCAUGAUCACCUCUGCAUGAAGUGGAGUUGGUUCCGUGAUGUUUUUUUUUUUUUUUUUUUUUUUUUUGUUGUUGUUGUAAAGUAGCACAAAGAGCUAUGAGCAGGCAAUGCGAGGCCAGCGCUGCACUUUUCUGUUUCUGAAAAGACUUCAAAAGUUGUUGUUGUUGUGCAAAGGUGCUCACACUUCAGAAUAUUUGCACAGACUAACUUUUGUGGAUAUGAGAUACAGACAGGCUGUGGUUGUUGCAACUUGCAAGUCCUUUUGUUGUUUUAGGUCCUUUUUCAAAAGCACGUGGCGUUUAAUGAUCUGCGUGCUGUCUGUUUCAUCCUCGCAUGGGUUAGGUCGUUCUGACGGGAUUGGAUGGUUUGAAAUUCUGCGCUUUUCACACUUCUUUUCUUGAGCGUCAGUCUCCAUUGAGCCUAACCCAUCAGAUACACCUUCUGGGUUUGAAAUUCUCGGCAACCGGACUACUGAUAAGAGCCGGAAAGGUAGUUUCUGUGCCUUGCCACCUUGUUCGACAACGGCAAGUUGGGAUAUAUCGGCAAUCACCACUCUUCAUUGGAGGGGGAGCGAGCCGGAAGGCCAGGAAAGCAGUCCUUUUGUCCCCCCUGUGUUGAUCAGAGGUCUCUUUAUGGGACAAGCUGCUCGGAGAGUGGCUGCCUGUGCAGCCAAUCACCAGGAGACUUCAUAUAGACUUCACAGAGACGUUCGGAGAAAGUCGUCCUUUACAGCCCGAAGGCCAGGAAAGCAGCUCAUAGGUGCGAACAUCCAUUGGAGCGCUUGAUGCGACAACCUGCUUGAAGAGUGGCGACUCCUAAUCACCAAGAAGCAUCGGAGAAACUCUACAGUUCAAAAACUUCUAGUCUGAGCGAAUGAGCUAUUAUGUGGUGCCAAGGGAUGAGCCGCUCAUCUAAGGAACCGGUACGCUGUAGAGAGGGUGACAGGACGAUGAGUGAUGUGAAGGCCAGGUCCCACCGGUGCUGGGUUCCAGCUAGGCGAGGUGGAGAUGCAAAGCAAGGCGCCUGUGAGAGGAAGGGGAAGUGCAAGGCGAGCGAGCGAGGGGGAGGUCCCACGGGUGCUGGGUUCAUGCUAGGGAAAUAGGAUCCUGGCUGCCAUUACGGCCACGUUCAUACUUCCCAAGCAUGAACCUAGCACCCACGCACGGGGCCUUGCCCAGAGCUCUCUUCCCCUCUUCGAAGGGAAUCAUUUGACAACUAGCUGUCGAGGCAAUGGCAAGCUCGAAGGGGGAGGGAUAUAAGACCGGAUGAAAAGAAAGUUGAAGAAACUCGUAGACAGGAAAGGACGGGGAAGGGGACGGGAGGAAGGCGAUAAGUGUGCGUCUAUCUUCUAUUUUUCACCGAGUAAACACUGCCCUGCUCUUAGACGAGGGGGGGAGGAAUGUGGGGAGAUUGAAACAAGCAGGAGGCCGAGGAGGCCGAGGAGGCCGAGUAACGAAGUUGGAGGAAUGUUACCCAGGAAAUGAAGAGGGGAUGGAAAGAGGGGGUGCAAGGAAGCCGCCGAGUUUGCAGUAGGCAGAGGAAAUGAAGAGGGGGUGGAAAGAGGGAGUGGUGGAGGGGGUGCAAGGAAGUUGUUGGACGAAAAAGAAGAGGCAAAAAGUAAUCAGAAGAAUGGGUUGGUGCGGAUCAUGCCGUAAUUGCACCUUUCAGCGAGUGCUGCUAUACCCCAGGUCGUAGUCCGCGGCGUCCACAGGAAGAACAGAGUGAACUUUGGGUGCUGCGGAAAGGUGGCUCGGGGUUGGCAACGUGACAGUGAUCGCACCCUUGGGAAGGCUUUGCAGCAAAGAUAGAAAUGGAGCUGCUGAGUUCCUUGUCAGCCAAGAUGUGUUAGCUUCG